AUGCUUCAGCACGCGGUGGCGCUGCUACUGCAGCGAUUACUGGGCAAGUUUGUGACCUUUGACUCAAAUAUGCUUAAGAUGAGUCUAUGGCAGGGCGACCUGUCGUUUCAGGAUCUACAGCUGCGGUUGUCGCACGGCGAAGGCGCCAUCGACCACUUGAGUAUCCAGAUCCCGUGGCGUGCGCUAUGGACGCAGCCAGUACAGAUUAAAGCACAGGGUAUCCGCAUACUACUGCAUCAGACGUCCAAGGUGAGCCAUGCAGAGACACAAGAACUGGAAGAGACGGUGGAUACGAGCAUUGCCGACAGCAAUGGAGACGAUUGGACUUAUCUUUCGAGAUUAGUGUCUCAUAUCAUUGGCAACGUGCAGAUUGAACUGUCGAACGUGCAGAUACGGUACGACUGCGACCCGAGUUCUCUAGCGCAGCAACCGGGAAGCGGCACGUUGGAAAUUGCAUACGUCAGUUUGACCAACACCAAUGCAGAAUGGGAACUGGAGUUUACGCCGCAGUCCAAUGCGAAUAUGGAAUCGAGAAAGCUGCUGAGAACAGAGGGUGUUGCAGCCUAUAUUGAGUAUCCAGACAAGCAGAGAAGUACAGGUUCAGAAUGUGAACGUAGUUCUUCCAGGAUACACCGAAAAUAUUUAUUUCACGAGUGGUGCAGCACUGUAAAGGCAAGUUUGUAUUAUCACAGCGUUAAUGCUGCGUUUCCCGACGUGGAGCUAGAUAUAGAUGUCGGCUGUAAGCCUGGAAGUAUUGCAGAAAAAUGCGGAAUGUGUGCUGCAAACAAUACGAGUAGCAAAGAAAGAGUCGCACUGCCAGUCAACCAGCCCCGAGUGCAUUUUGGACCGGAGCAUAUCGACGUUUUGUAUGCCAUUCUGAUUGAAGUGAGGACGCCUUACGACGAAUACGAUCGCUUAGCCACAUUGACACAGCAGCAGGUAUCGCGACCGGAUGGUUUCUUGAUGGUGCUUUCAUAUGCUAAGCAGUGGCUACUGACCGACUGUUUGGAUGCAGUGGUGGGAGAAACGUUUACUUUAGCAGCGGUAGGCGAUGACGAUGACGAUGAUGAGUUUGAGGAUGCUAUCACCCCUCCGAGUCUUUCCGUGCGAGCAGAAUUACGGUAUGGAGCAGGGAUAUUUUUUUCUGCUCGAGAAUCCGUUGCGACAGAGGAAAAGACUGUCGGAGGGACACAUUGGAUAUGGAUUCUAGGAAACACCAUUGGAGUUAUCAAGCAGUCAUGCGUUGAAGACGAGAUUCAGCUUAGUGUUCAGUCAUUAUACAUGUACGAGGUUGCUGAGCGCAGCGAAAGCUACAGCAUUAUUGACCACGCAAGUCAAAGUCACGAAGAUGCCAGCUCAACUGUGAUGGAGGCACCUAUUGUUCGAAUAUCUUGUGUCGUUCCUGCCUAUCAAAGCCGCCUUGUUGGGCACCAGCCUGCACUGGACGUCCAGAUAGGCAGUAUCAUGAUGUUCAUUAAAGAUGAGACGCUGGUCAUGUGGAUGACUCUGUUUGCGCCGAUGUAUUGGUGGUGGAACCAGUGGAAUCUAUCGCAUCCAAGAAAAUCGGUUGCGUACGAUGAGGCACAGAUUGCUCCGAUCGCACAUGUCGGAAUUAAGAUGGAGAAGAUAUGUUUUGUGUUCGGGCUUCAUGAUCGAUUUUGUUUUGGCAUUAAGUUUAUAAAUCUGUCGGUUGAAACGUCUGAGCCUGAUCGUCGUGAAUUUGUAAGGAGUAAUUUUCGGACAAGUUUCCGCUUGUUCUCAAUUGGCAAGAGCUUGGCGUCGCUGCAAGCCCAGAAGAACUGGAAUGACGUAAAAGGCGCGCAUGAGAUUGUGAUUGUGGACAACCUUUUGCUCACGAAAAUGAGCCACUCAAGAACGCAAUGGUGUACAGAAUAUUAUUUUUGCAAGCACUGUUCUUUGUGCGAUGGAGCGCUUUGUUACGACGAACAAGAAUAUGAGCCCGAAAAGGAAACUGCUAUGUACAACUAUGAAGCUGGACUCUCUACGAUACGAAUCGACUGGACAGUGGUAGAGCUUGAAAAUCUUUUCUGGGUACUGGGAAAGUGGAGUUUUUAUUUGCCGGACAAGGCAGCUCAUGAGCCUGAUCGAAAUCUAGGUCCUGAUGUGGGGUGUGGAAAUCUAAUUUGUCAAAGAAGGUGGUCUAUUAAGACUUCUGACAUUGAGAUAUGUGUAACUGAUGAUCGGCCAGGGCAGGCUACCCAGACGUCAUUUGUACUGUCUAUCAACGAUGUGGAAUGGUUGUCACGGGUAUGCACGACAACUCAUUCUCACAGUUUCAGCGCAUCGUCAGUCUCACUCCGAGAAGGUGAUAAUGUAAUCUUUCAAGUCACUGGAAAACCAGGUUUACUCACGCCUGCUCUAAGUGCCAGGUUGCAGACAGAUCUUGCUUACCUGAACGAAAGCUGGGCAGUAGAAAAAAAUAUGCCAUCAGUCUUACGGUUCGAUCACCAAACUUCUCGUGUCAUUUUAUCUAUCCAGCGCUUGUCUGGAGACUUAUUUCUUCCGGAUAUAGAAAUGGUUCUGGCGUGGAUUGGAGGACUUCAUAACAGGUAUUUGCUAGGUUUGAUUCUGUCGACCAGCUGGGGGUACGAACUCGAUGAUUUCCGACUCAAUCUGUCAAAGUUGGGAUCUCAAGCGUUUUCGACAGUGUUGAACGAUUCAACGUGCUUAAAUGACGAGGUUGUCAUCAGUUUGUCAGUUGCGCAUGGUUUGCAGCUUAAUGUUAAGCACCGUGAUGAAACACCAGGUGCCUCUCUCGAUGCUUUAUCGCCUAUUCGAACAAUUGCUCGCCUGGAUGUUUCAAGUAUGUCACUGCAAGCUUGCGGGUCUGGUGCUACUGUGAGUGGCAGGAGAAAGUUUCAGAUCAAGGGCAGCAUGCGAAAUUUGCAGCUGAUUGAUUUGACCAAUCCGAGUGGAUCUUUGCCUGUUGAAGCAGCGCUACCGAACCGGCAAUCUGUUGGCUCGCCUGGAGAUAUGUUUGACGGAGUAGCUGACGGGGGAUCUUUCGGUGUGAAAAAUGUCAUCGACUUCGUGAUCAACUCUCCAGAAAGCUGUGAUGGAGGGGUCGUGGUUCGUAUUCGGUUGGACUCAGUUUGCGUUGUGUACCUGCACCGGGUAUUCAAGCAAUUUUACCACUACUUUCUUGACAACUUUUACAAUACUCUCGUCAAUCCGCUAGGUGAAAGCCCGAGCCAUGAAAUGGCUAGCUCUGUAUUAAAAUACUACAUGGUAAACACCGCAGCGCUUCCUGUGUCAUUAGAGGAGCUCUUACACAUGUACAUCAAUGCGGUGGUGACCGAGGUAGAAGAGCGCGUUAAUGCAAUGGGCUCUUCUACCACUAGACAUCAGAAGGGGAAUGUGUACUUUGAAGUUGUCGGAAAUGACUUGACAUUUGCGCUGCCACGGAGCUCGUUCUCGCGAGAUAGCAUCAUUUUUCGUUCGACAAAUGCUCGGUUUUGGAGCAGUGGUGUCGAUCCUUUGGCAUCUGCUUUCUUGCAGAACGGUACCUUUGCCGACGAAGCACGUUUGUCACAAGGCUCAGCAUUCGCUGGUGCGUCUGCAGCAAAGGCACAGCUUUCCCGACGAACAGAGCUUAGAAAUUUAAGGCGGCAAAUCAAAAACCAGCGCUCGCGCAUCUUAAGCAACCGUAGCCAGUUGUUUAUUGAUCUUCGGAAUGCCACGCAACAAGCACAGAACUACCUGCAUGAAGGUUUUCAGGCUCUUCCAGCAGCCGAAAAUGCGGUGAAGAUUAUUCACAAUAAGAUUGUCCAAUUGGAUCAGCAGUUGGAGCAGCUCACGCAGUAUCUUCUCAAAGUAGACUAUGCACUCGACGAAGCAAAAGCUGAAGGAGAUGCGCUUGAUAGUGGUGGCUGCGAUAGUCUGCACUUCCUGGCAAGUACACCGACGAAUAGCAUGCAAGCACAAUUCGAUUCGAUGGAGCAAAUACGCCAUGAAGUUGCCGGAAUGUCUCAGCAUCUUAUGGCACCACUAUUUGUGGCUGAGGAUGCAGAAUUUCAUGAUGCACGAGUUGCGACGGAUUCCAACGUGAUAUCACACGACCAUAGAGAUGGAGAUAUGUCAACGUCUUCGGUUGGGCUCUUUGAAUUUGAGCUGGUUGACCUAAGCGGAACAACACGUGACUCAGUGUCGCCACUCUUUCAUCAUUCGCUUCUAACUGGCCGUAUUGAUUUGGAGCCGGAGAGCUUAUCCGAGGCGAUAUUAAGUUCAUACUUUGGACUCGCUUUAUCGAUGAACGAGCUCAGUAUAGGAACUGGCCCUGAGCAGUAUACAAUUCUCUUAGGAAUGAUCUACGAAAACUUUCAGGAAGUCUCGCGCGUUGUUGCAGAAGACACGUACCCGUUAUGUGUUACUUGUGGAGGGCUACACUAUAGCAGCGAGAACUGCAAUGCUAUAUGGCUAAAGAUUCUAGUGAAGUUUUCUGACGCCGCGCUUCGGAUUUCUAACAGCGACCAUACCGUUGCAGAUCUGUUCUGGGAGCAGCUUGAACUAGCGUUUACCUUGCGGACGGAUGAUUCGUUGGAGGUUAGCGUGGCAUCACUUUCCUUUACAACGGUUGAUGUGCGGCCUACUCAUUGCCAGACAGCAGCAGAAAUUGUUCGUCCACUGCCUGGAGACGGUUUUCAAUUUGAGUACACCCAGAAAAUGAAUUGGACAGAUUCUGUUUACGAUUUGAAAGUGAGAAACACCAAUUUUCUGGGUGUUUAUCCUGCGUUUCACGACAUCGUCGCGUUUUUUGUGACUCCAAUUUUCGAGGAAGGGGGAUUCCUUGAUUUUGAUGUCGGGUAUAUGUCGUCGCCACCUCCGGAUUGGCAAAAGCUGGACUUCUUUGUGACUACAACCGGAUGUCUCUUUUCGUUAUUGGAGGAUUUCGAAACAACCGAUGCGCGAGCGUUGGUCAUGUUAACUGAUAGUGUGGCUGCAUACUCACUGCACCAGAAAUGUGAGGGUGUUGCGGACAUGACCAAAUGUCAUAUGGAAUUUCAUCAGCAUGGCGUAUAUUUCUCGCAACUUCCUGAUCUCCAGAUCGAUGCAUCUUUCCCACUGUCAAACUCAUUUCUUCUGGUGAUUGAUCACUUUGUGGAAGGUUCGACGACCCUGUCACGACGAAAUUCAUUCGUGCUGGCUCCAGUAGAAACACGAUUUUCUGUUCAAGACGCGAAUUUGUUCAUCAAUAUCGCGAAUAAUUAUUUGCAGUGCGUCCCAUUGCCCACUCGCUCGGUUUCUGCAAAAGUUACGUCAAUCGAGGCGCACAUUGUAUCUAACGAUGCCUUCAGCUCUCAGAAGUCACUGACCGCGCCACCAACGACUUUUGUUGCUGACAAGCUUCUUGGUGAUGUUGGUGAGCUGCGUUUGGUGCUCGUAAACAACAGCUUAGGCAUUCCUAUCGCUGAUUUUCGUAUGCGUGAGAUUGUAUGCGAGUACAUUCAAGAUGAAGACUACUCAACAACUAUGGGUGCCACACUGCUUUUCAACUACUUCAACAACAGCAUUUAUCGAUGGGAGCCUCUCGUGGAACCGUUUGCUGUCCAGAUUCGCAUUCAUCGUGCGCUGAAAGAUAACAGUCUUGUGGAAGUGUUUGCGAACCUGCCUAAUACUGUGAACUUUAACAUGACACCUGCAAUGGCUCCUUUACUGUCUUCGGAAGCAUUGACUCAAGCAGACUUUGUCACGUCUGGAUCAAAGUCAACAUCACCGUUUUGGGUCGAAAACAAAACAGGUUUAGAGCUAAAGUUUAGUUUUCGACGUGGGACAGGGACUAUCAUUCAACAAGUAGUAGCCGACAACGGGAAGGUAUCCGUCGAUUGUAGAGAGCAAGGAGACAUGCUGAGUUUUGACAGUGCUUCAGCUGACCGAUUCCUGCGAGAAACUGAUCGCCAAGCUCUAACUGUAAAUCAUACACUUUCUGUUUGGCUGAACGGUAACAAGUGGGUAAGUGUGAACCCUGUCGUGGUGGAUAUGGUUGGACAUGUAGCCGUUCCUCUCCGUGAAUCGCUGGUGCCGGUAGCUAAUGAUGAUGCAGACGACUAUGAGAGUGGCGGUGAUGAGGAAAUUCAUUUACCGACUUUGGUAGCGGAGAUCAGUAUUCAAGCCGAUGGCAGCAAGCUUAUUAGCCUACAUUCUCAGAUGGUACUUCAAAACCGAACGUCUGUUCCGUUGAUGGUGUGGGCAUUUUCACCUCGUGAAGGUGGUUGCAUUCAAGAGUGGAUUAUCGAUCGUGAGCAAGUCUGCCACAUCCCUCUUCAACUUGUACACCCUCAAAGUAAACUUAGUAUAAAACCUUCGCCAUAUGUGCAGUAUGCGCCUCUGACAACAAGCUUGGAAGAGCUUGGUGACGAAGUAAGGACAGCAAAAGCCGUCAACACUAAACGUUUUGUGCGUGCUGGCAGCUGCAUAUGCAAUUUCGAAACGUUUGCUACGACGGAAGAUUUACAAAAUGCUGCAAAGUCACUAGACAUGGUGUCGUCUUCGUCGUUGUCGUCGGCAAACCCGCUGUCUGGUUACAUUGUUCGAGAUCUUCCUGCUUGGAAGUGCACGUAUGAGGUGGAAGCCUACUAUUUGAUGCGGGCUACUUUUUCAAGUACAGAUGAACCUUCACCUGCAAAGAAACAGGUUAAUGAUUUGCCACAGGUCGAGGAAGAAGGUGAAAAAGUGGAAGAUGACUUUCUUAACGUGUUUGGUGAGCCAGCUCAGCGCCAACGCGUGAACCCACUGCGAGAUGUGAACCACGAGUUGGAUGAAGCAAGAUCUGCAAGUCAACGGCGAGGACUGUACGAACCGACCAAUUCAAGUCUCUACUACCUCUCCGUGUCUCCAUUCCUAACGCUCCACAAUCGCUUGGCAACGGCGAUGGCGUAUCGUUUGCUCAAUGAUUCUCUUCAGCUAGUUGCCGAAGGCAUAUUAGCGGUAGGGAAUGUACUUCCCUUAUUUCAAGUCGAUGCAUCGGAGCUUCUGUACGUAUCUUUUCGGCUGGAGAACUACAACUGGAGUACUCCAAAACUAAUUAUUAACCCGAAGGCGUCUACCUAUUCGGUACCUUACAAAGAAAUAAUUGAACCGGUGCAAUUGCUUGGCCGCGUUUUUGAUCGUGAUAUUACUGGAGAGCAGGGAAAUGUGCCAAACUUGCAACUGCAAGUGAAGCUAUCAGGGCGUGAUAUCAUUGUGUUCUGUUCUAUUUGGAUUGUCAACCAUACCGAUCUCGACCUUGAGUAUUGCAACUCAACAAGCUCGUCGUACAAACGGCUUGAGAACGUACUUAAGUAUGUACACCGGCGCCCAGUUUCGGUAGAAGAGCAAAGUGAGAACUUUUCAGCACGGUCGAUGUCAUUUCGUGGAGAAGGCGCCAGGGAGACCCAAUUGGCGCGUCUGCAAAAGGUGAGACCUUCUGCCAACCCAGUUGCCUUAAUUGUUGUUAUUCGAGAAGCAAAGGAAUUGUACAAUGCGCAAUAUUUCGGAUCCCAGAGUCCGUACGUACGAGCAUCUUUGUACGUUCUCAAGAACCCAAAAGACGAGUAUUUGGAGAAGCCUGAGAUGGUUGCGAUUUGUUCUGCGAGUACAAAACCAAGCCCAUCUGGCGCAUUGACUCCUCAGUGGGAUGGUCGCCUUCAGAACACUUUGCUGUUGCGUUUUCCGCCCGAAGCAAGGACAUUAAAUUUGGCACGCAUUAUCAUUGAGGUGCGAAAUGUACACUAUGGAUUGGACACUUGCCUCGGAGUCACCGCUGUCAAAGUGAACACUAUUUUGAAAGACCGCAAGCGAGCUGCAGCGUUCAAUUGGUACAAACUGCUAAAACGUAAGUCGUCACGUGAGCGGAAGGCAUCUAAGAACAAUCUUGCAAGCAUACAUCGAGGAGACAUCAGCAUUUCAUUUUCGGUUGGUACAUCUCAAAAAUUACCUACGGACAUAGACACAGUGGAGAGUGGUACGGUAGUUGCUGACGACCAAAGUGCACCCUCCGAUUAUGACGAAGAAACAAUGUCUGAUUAUCUGGAAAGACAAGAGAGUGAAGACUUUCAGCUCGAUGAUGUGGAAGUUACCUCGGGAUUAGAGGAGCAGCAAACUCUGGGUCCACUUCCGUCCACACGUGCAGUUAGAUCGUUGAAACGACUACAAACGCCGUCUAAUCACGAGAUAGGAUUACCUGGAGCCCCAGCUUCCAUGCGCGGGCGGCAAGUGUACUCGUUUACAGGUGAAAUUGAGACCGCGCGCACACAGGAGUUAAUAUCGUACGAUCCUACAUCUACACGAGCUAUGGGGGCUAUGAUGCUAAACGGGUCGCCAUCAAAACCAGCUCAUAAGGGUAAUUCUCACGGGGUUCAGGUGUAUUUGCCGCACAACCGCUUUGCCAGUGUCGUAGUUGAGGUCUAUUCAAGCUCACUCAUGUCGGAAGUCUUUGACCUUGUCUGCAUGAAAUGCGGCUUCGUGGGUGUCUUAGACAUUGACGACUUUAUUUUCUACGAACUGGUGCUUCCUCGAUUUGUGUCACUUCGGAGUGCCGGGCGACCAGAAGGUGAAAGGUGGUAUGGUCAGGCAAUUGCGAUGACCUCACGGGUUGAAAAUAGAGGUCGUCGUCAUGGGCUUCACUUAUGUCAUAAUAUAACGAUAACAACGAUUCGUUUGUACGACGAGGCAAGCACAGCUAGCUUGCAUCACGUUACUCCCCGCUCGCUGGUGACGAGUUCCAAGCGUUCAAACCCUGCCCAAAUCCGUCCGAUGCCUUGGGGCGACGUGCUUCCCUACAGUUCGGGAGGAAAGCACUGGGAAGUCUUGCGAAUCAAAUCGCGAUCGUCGUCAUGGUCUGAUGUCAUUCGUCUCAACCGCAACGCCAUGGGAAAUUCUGGGGUCGCUCAAGUCAUUAGCCUCGCCAAUGAAGUCUAUGGCCAGGAUGAAGAAAGUGAUCUUCGAAAAGGAAGCCAAGAAGUAGCCUUGUGGAGCUAUUACGGCAGCGGACGCUUUUCAGAGACAAUUAUAGCAACUAUAGUACCUCGCUACAUUUUGAUCAACAAAACGGAAGAAACCAUCAAGUAUCGACAACUUGAGGUGCCUAAAACCUUUCGAUUGGCUGCUAACGAGCUCAUGCCGUUCCACUGGCCGAGCGCAUUAAGGGAAAAACUACUGGAAGUGACUUUGCUGCACAAGUACAGCUGGAGUGGAAGUUUCCGUAUAAACUCUCUUGGGACCACGUACUUGAAACUCCGCGACCGGGAUGACCCCUCUCGCAUUUACAUUUUGCAAUGUCAGAUUGAACUGGUUGGCGGUUCGGUCGCGUUAAUUUUCCGAGGAGAGUCAAGGCGUUUUCCCCCGUACAGAAUCGACAACAUGACAUCCUUUCGGAUACGCUACAAGCAGACAAAUUGGGGCGAGGACAAGGAUUUUGACGAGCUGCUGCCUCGGUCUUCUUGCCCUUACUCGUGGGAUUAUUUGCAUGGCACCGAGGGUAAGUCGUCGUCCUCUAACCAGGAUCCUGCCUUCCCAGGAAACUCAACCUCAUCGACUCGUUCACUUCAAGUGAGAUUUAUGCGAGUGACGUCUUCCUCAAAGACUAGCGGAGACUCGGACAAAGAUGCUGUGGAGAUUCGCGAGUACAAUCUAGACGAAAUGGCUACUCACAAGCGCAUUCAGCUUCACCGUUCUCUGCCGGCAAAUCUUUUUUUGAAACCGGAGCAAAAGGGAUAUUUACUUAAGAAGGAUAGCAUGCUCAAGUGGAACCGGAAGUACUUUCGGCUAUACGAGCAUAUGCUGUACUACUUUGCCAAUGAGACUGACCAAAUACUCCUGGGAGUAGUGGACUUGCGAAUAGGUUCUCAUGUGCCGGGUGUCGGAGGGGUCGCCAUUUUUGAGAAGGCUGCGGAAUCUUCGUCGAAAAGCAGUUUUAUCUCGUUAAACGGUCUCGUUUCGUCAAUUUCAGGCAGUCUGUUUGGCGGAGGUUCAAAGCAGCUGGGAAAGGAUGGAGGUGAUGACGACGAUGACGAUAGUGACGAUAGAUCGAGGGAGCUGGUUCGAUUUGCAGUGUCGUUGACUACAUCAAGUCUGCUAUGUGAAUACUCCGAGAAGUUUGUGGACAUGAUGACUGUGAAUGGAGCGGCUGUACCGGAUGGUGUUGCGCGUAAGGGCUUUUACGUGAAUGGACAGGACCUUGUGGAUUUUUUAGUGACAAUAAUGAGUACCCAGACGAAGGCUCAAGCAUUUACUACUGCACAAGAGAUGAUGGAGCUUGGCAUACUGAAACAAGUGCACAUACUAAGCGAUGGUGAUGCUCGCCGACAGGCACCAAUGAGAACCUUUCAGUGCUCCAAAAAGGUGUGGUAUAGUGUUGAGUCGAGCAUUUCUUCAACCGACUCAGAUAUGGACUCUGAGGACAGUUUGAGUAUAACUACACCGCAAGACAGUGAAGCAUCGACAAUCUCCAAUAAGUCUAAUGCAAAGCCAAUCACCGUCGGGCCCCAAUUUUCGAUUAUUACGCCAACCAAGUGCUACGAUUUAAAGGCGAAAAAUCCCAAGAUCGCUAAGAUCUGGGUAAGGCGGCUUCGUCUUGCUACUCAAGGUAGCCACAAUAAUGAAAUCGAGGAACUUUCGGAGGAUAUGCCGAUGCCUAAGACAAUCCGUUCACAGCGAGAUAUCCUUCCUCAGGUUCAAACUGCAAAAACGUAUGUAAACGUUCGCAUCCGUGCUGAUGGUCCUACAAAAGUGUUGGAGCUAUUUGAAGGUGGUGAGGAAGAUUUCGAUGAAAAGGAACAUACAUACGAGUCAUCAAGUGUGGCAUCAGCGUCAUCUGAUUCCCCUACAGCUAGUGAAGCUUCUACUAACGCCUUCGAGUCAUUGACGUCUGGGAUGGCAUUUCAUCUGCGUGUGGAUGGAGUUGGUAUCUCGUGUGUCAACGAGCUUCCGAUGGAGAUAGUGUACAUUUAUUUCGGUGGAAUAAGCCUCCACUAUUUGCGCGUAAAUUCAAAAAUGCGUAUGAACAUCACGCUGGACGAUUUGCAGAUCGAUAAUCAGAGUGAAGAAGCGACUUUCACGAAAUUACUCUGUCCCCGAUUCGAAAGUGUCACUGCAAUCGCAUCCACUCCUGCUCGGAAAAGAACCGGUGACAUUGAUGAAGACCUUGCAGAGAUGGUCAGUCAAGGCAGAGGAAUGGUUAGUGACAAUGUCAAUGAUGAAUCCCAGGGAAAUGUAGGCCUGAUCUCCAACCAGAAUAUCUUCAGUUGCGCUGAUUGCAAGUAUCACCAGGCGAAUGUUGCUGCAAUGCACUUCUGUUGUGCGUGGUCUAACGAACAGGCCAACACUGAUUAUUUUAAGCAUUGUUCGUUCUGGUUGUAUCCAGUCAUUACCCAGUUGGACGAAGAUCUUUUGGUGUCAGCCCGAGCAUUUGUGGCGUCGAUGUCUCAGUCCUGGGGACAGAACCGGUCACAAAAUCGUAGCGGUGAGAUACGAAUGGAGACCAUUCCAAUUGAAACGAUGCUGGAGGCUCUGACGGAGUACAGGGAGAAUACUCGUAGUGAAGAGCUUAAUCCACUGAAGAGUCUGGAAUCGUACACUACAACCUCGUCCACGGAGGCGCGAAAGGUGUAUUUUGCUUUAUUGCACAUCCAUCCGAUGGACUUUGAUAUCACAUUUCGCAGUGAUGUAUUCCAGGCGAAAACGACUAUAAGCCUUCACGAAGCGGCUAGCUUUAAGAAGUCGAAGUUAGGAGGUAGCCAUGCCGACGAAAGGAAGUGUUUAACUUCUGGGCCGUCCUCGGUUGGUGAUAGUAGCGUGGAUGACUCAUCAUCAAUGACCUGGGCGAUUCCUAGUCUGACGAUGCACGUGCCCGAUCUUGAUAACGCCCCUGUGCGUUUGAACGCUCUGAUGAUUGAACACGCCUUCGGAACGAGCGAUGACCUGACUCGCCGAGUGUCGAAGUAUUACACCCGCCAAUUAUGGAAGCAGCUUCACAAAAUUUUGGGAUCAUUUGACUUCUUAGGAAAUCCUGUCGGACUCUUGGACCAUAUUGGUACGGGAGUGCGCGACUUUGUCUAUGAACCUCUGGAAGGGUUGAAGAUUGGUGGCAAGGGCUUCAGCAAAGGCUUGGCAAAGGGCACAGCUAGUUUGAUGUCAAAUACAGUGGAUGGUACCUUUGACGCAGCCAGUAAGAUUUCGGGUACCUUUGGGCAAGGAUUCGCAAACUUGAGUCUUGAUGAUCACUACCAACAGAAUCGUGCUCGCGCACGUCGACGCCACGUCCGUGGGCUACGCGAAGGACUGGUGCAAGGCUCACGAGAACUUAGUCUCGGUGUUUAUGAGGGUGUUGCUGGCCUUGUGUUAAACCCUAUGCGAGGCGCGCAUGAGAGUGGUGCUGUAGGCUUUGUGCGAGGCACAAUCACCGGAAUCAUUGGGCUUCCUGUUAAGCCUGUAGCAGGUAUCUUUGAUUUUGCAUCACGUGCUACUCAAGGCGUGCGUAAUCGGUCAUUGCAAAACGGAGAGAACAUGCAGCGCGUCCGGCGGCCACGUGUGUUUGGACGCUACAAUGAGCUUAAAUGUUAUAAAGAAGCUGAUACGAUUGCCUAUGAACUGCUCAAGAGGGUCGGUGGUGAUCGGCUGUCUGGUGAGAAGAUCGUUUUCUAUAAUGAGAUCUUGCAGUCUGUGAGUGCUGCUGAUCUCACACGCGAAGCUCGAGAUCGACGGCGUAGUGGCAGCGUUGGAAAUGCCAAGUCAAAGAGUAACAAUGACUCAACCUGCCAGCGCACGAAGUCUCUGCGGCGAACCCUCCAGGAAAGCGAUGAACGUCUUCGCGCUGCUGGCGAGCCUCCAAAUGCAGGUACCGGCGAGACAAGUGGACGCAAGCUUCGGUAUGAGGUAGUAUUUAAUCAGAAGAAGCUAGGGAUGGAUCUGGAGACGGACUUCUAUUGCGAAAACGUGACAAUCAAGGCGAUGAAUGAGACCGCUCGAUCAAAGGUUAAGGCUCGCGGGCAAAUUGCCCCUGGACAACAGGUGUUACAGGAAGGAGAUUAUCUCAUUGGCGUUGGCGGUGUGGAUGUACGUGGCAUUGGCUUUCAUGAAACGUUAGCGCUAUUGCGUGGCACAUCUCGGCCUCUCACAGUUCAGUUUGAAAGUGCCGAGGAACUGAUGCAGGAUAUCACUACGCCUAAGCCCAGGAAUGUGGAAGAGGGAGAAGUUGAGUUUGGAUCGACGAGUAGGGCGCGAUUACGUCGGCUAUCCUUAGCUGGACCAGGAUCUGGAAAUGACGCAGUGGAUGAGUCGCUUACAAACCUAAAGGUUCAGGUAACACACUGGUUGAUUGUGACGGAGCAGCGCGUUCUUUACAUUAACGUAGGGUCGCUAACCAAGCCUGUAGUAGAAUGGAUGACACCAUUGCGGUACAUCUACCGUGUCGAGUGGCAGAAGAGUGCGGCACGGAUAUGUCUUCACCUGAGUGUCGGUGUGGAUAGUUUACCAAUGGGUCCGCGUUUGCGGCCGUCUCUCAAGACAUAUGAUGGUCACGAGCGAGACAUGAAUGUGUUUUUGGAUGUUAUGUGGCACAGCUUUGGCUCGUCAACUGCUGAAGAGCAGGAACUCUGGCCUUCGGACACAAGUCUCAAUGGUUAUUUGCUGAAAAAGGGUGGAUUCACAACGGUACGUCGCUGGUUUGUCUUGAGUCGCAACUGCCUCUACUAUUUCUCGAAUCGCAAGCAGCUACGCGGUAUCAUUCCGCUUGGUCACGUGCGACUGGAGGCGGACGUGGGUGAUGCACGCUGUCUACGUAUUACGAACGCUACUCGGUCGGAACCGCUGGUUACACUGCAGCUGGACAGUGGUCAAGUCGUUGAGCGCGUGCAGAGCGAAGUGGUGCUGGUAGCUGCUUCCACGCAAGAGCUCGAGAUGUGGCAGUCGUCCCUGGCCCACGCCGCUGGCAAAGGUAUGCGUCAUUCUCGAGGCACGCGCUUUUUUGUACCAACUGCUGCAUCUCGACUCGAGGUCGGGACUCAAGAAACUCCAGAUUUUGUCACCAAGCCAUUGACUGACGCUCUUAAGAAGACGGUCGAGGUCUUCAACAUUUAG